UGGCCGCCGCCUUUCAGUUCGAGUCUGAAUAUGACGCAUGCUGUUGAAUCGGAUCUUUAAUCACUAUUUAUUUGACGCAGUAACUCUGUGUGAACAGAACAAUCGGUCCACGACGAGCCAUUCUACUUGCGUACCUUAUAUUGUCAUUUGCAAGCCCUACUGGUGUAGACAUGGAUGCCUCCGUGAAGUCGAGCGAGUCGGGAGACAGCAGCUCAGCCUUCAAGCCUGACGAGUCUUUAGUGCAGGUCCUUGUCCAGUCUCUGGCAUUUAGUAGAAAUGCUACCAUCAAGGGUCUGUAUUACACGGGGAACUACAAUGCUGAUUUGGCUGCAGCCUGGAUAAUGGACAACCAGGAAAAGCCUGACCUUGACAGUCCUCUUCAGGAGGAUGCUGCAGACUCUGAUGACAGUGAGGAGGAUUAUUUCCCAGAAGGUGUUGAUUUCUACAAGAUGGUGUUCGUUGUAAACUCCGAGCUGAACAUGGGUGUUGGGAAGAUCGCUGCACAAGCUGCACAUGCGGCCCUUGGACUCCACAGAAUUCUGCUGGAAAACCCACAGAAGUUUGGACAAAUGCUGAUGAGCUGGGAACAAUUUGGAGAAACAAAAAUUGUAGUCAAGGGAGACAACUCAACACAGCUGAUGGACCUGACAAGUAAAGCUGAAGGCCUCGAGCUCCCCAACUAUCUAGUCCAUGACGCAGGCAAGACACAGAUUGCUGCAGGAUCUGUUACAGUACUGGGCAUCAUGGGAAAGAUCGAUGUCGUUGACAACGUGACGGGCAGUCUCAAGUUGCUUUGAAAGUCUUCGUACGAUUCUGGUAUGGGAAUAUAUCUUGCAUAUGACCAUGUUGGCCUUGCUUGCGCUGUGAUAACCAAGUACAAGACUCUCUAAUGCUAAAAGAUCUGAAUCAUUGUAAGUCGUACCGGGGAAGGGAGCAACAAAAUCAAUUUUCUGAAAUACUACACUGAACUUCAAAAAUUCAAUCAUUUUCAUUUUAUUAUUUCGUUUUGAUACUCUUGUCUUAAUCACACUAAAACAAUUACAGUACAUUCUGUCGAAAAUGGACACCCUUGGGACCACAUAAUUCAGCUGGUGUGCAGAGUUCCAGCUUGUAGAAUAUACGUUUGCUAUACAUUGUCAUCGUCUGAACCACCACUCUGGAUUGGGCACUGUCGAGAUUGUCAGUGUGUGCUGCACCAUGUAUUCUUGGUAGCAUACGUUGUAUAAAUGCACAAGUGUGCCCGACACAGGAAUACAAAUUUUUCAAGUUAAAUCUUAGUUUUCAAAGCACUUGAAUGUUAUUAUAUGACGUCAGUGAUCUGGUUCAACAAGGCGAUUUUCCACUCAGAAAUAGCAAUAAAGAGUUUUGUUAAAACUUGAGGCAUUUUAAGAAAGACGGAAACACAACGUUUGGAAUUUUCUUGUUUUAAGUCAAAUGUUUGUUUUAUCGAAAAGCUACAACUGGCUAUAUGUAUGAUGGGGAAUGUAAUUAGGUAAUUACUGAUUACGUCUAUUCCACAAAUUAAUCAGGAUGUGGGGGAGUGGUUGAUGGGGUGGGGGGUGGGGUGGGGGAUGUGUUGCGGGAAGCACCAAUAAUCGGUAGGAAAUGAUUGGUGUGUUAUUUAAUUAACAUUUAUAUAACAGGCCUAAGGAAAAAUGGUAGUGGAGGUCACAGCUUCUCUGACCCCGCCUCCCCACCUCCCAAUUUAAAUUAUAUAUUUCUUUCUGGGAUAGCGAACAGCUCUAUGGCGGAGAGGAGUUCUUUAAGUUAAUCAGAAUUAUCUUACAUUGUUUUUUAUAGUUACUGGCAUUAUUUUGUAUUGUAGUCCCAUUUGAUAAAGAUGUAUUGCCUAUGUCAAAUUGUUAUCUUUUAGUCUAUUGUUCUGUUGUCUUGUAAGUAUUAUGUGAAGCUAACAUUUCAGUUGUGGGUUUUUUCCACUGAUACUGACUGUGUUAUAAAAUAUUUCUAUAAAAAAAAUGUAUUUCUAUAAAAGGUUUAAACAAAAUUAAAAUCACUUGACAAGCAGUGGUGUUGUACCAGAACAUUUUUUUCAAUAUUUAUAAAAAAAAAAUGAAUUUUGAAAACUUGCAUUAAUGACUAGCUAAGCUACCUUUCACCACUGUAGACUAUAAUGGACUUAUCCAGAUCAAUACAUGGUAGAGUUGAUUAAAGUUACAUAGGGUUUAAAGGGUCAAACUUGAAAGCAGUUCACACAGUUGCCCAUUAUCUUUAUACAGCAGACUGUGGAAAAAGUCAUUUUGGAUAUUUGGCAAUUUUCACAACUGAUUAUGAACAAUUUGUAAAUGUUAACAUUGCACAGAAGAGUCUGUAUAAAUAAAACAGAUUUCAUGCUGCAAUUCUUUUCUCGUAACUAGCAAAAAUUUAAAUGGAAUGGAACUUGCGCACAGGGUUCAAGUUUGAGCAUGAGAGCUGAUUCAUGAAGGCCUGUAUUCUUCGAGUCCAGUUCAAUGGUCAAACAUGCGUUUUGUGCUUGGACCAACUUUCUUGCAAUUCGCUAAAGUCAUGGUCAAAAGAAAAGUCUAGACACUGAAACAGUAUCUGUUAUCAAAUCUCAGCUUAGUUCCUCCUAGCACAGGAAAUCGAAAACACAAAAAGGAAAAUUGAGAACUUUAUCAAUGGGACAAGGAAUAGGGCUUCAUCACAGAAUCUGAGUUUGAGCAUGAGACCUGUUUCUUGAAAACAGGGCGAGGUUAUGGGUGUUAGGAAUGCUUGUAUGAUUUAACGAGGUAAUAUGAUAUUAUAUAUAUGUACCGUGCUUUAAGUUAUUGUUGAUAUUAUGUGUGACUAUACUUGUGCGAGAGUUAUAAAAUUGUCAUGGUAUGUCUCCUGUUAUAGUGUUCAUUUUUAACUAUUUCGUUCCAUUGAGAUCAAGUAUAUGUUUAUGUAUAGAGUUUAUAUCACCCUGGUAAAAUACUAGCCGCUUCCUAUCGUCUCCGC